CUUCGGGGUGGGCAUCCUGGGCAAGGCGAGCGGCUGAGGGGUGGAAGGGGAGAAUGCGUCUCUCCAAAACCCUCGUGGACAUGGACAUGGCUGACUACGGCGCCGCACUGGAUCCCGCCUACACCACCCUCGAGUUCGAGAAUGUGCAAGUGUUGACCAUGGGCAAUGACACAUCCCCAUCAGAAGGUGCCAACCUCAAUGCACCCAACAGCCUGGGCGUCAGCGCCUUGUGUGCCAUCUGUGGGGACCGGGCCACAGGGAAGCACUACGGUGCCUCAAGCUGUGACGGUUGCAAGGGCUUCUUCCGGAGGAGCGUGAGAAAGAACCACAUGUACUCCUGCAGGUUCAGUCGGCAGUGUGUGGUGGACAAAGACAAGAGGAACCAGUGCCGUUAUUGCAGGCUCAAGAAGUGCUUCCGGGCUGGCAUGAAGAAGGAAGCUGUGCAAAAUGAGCGGGACCGGAUCAGCACUCGGCGGUCAAGUUAUGAAGACAGCAGCCUGCCCUCCAUCAACGCUUUGCUGCAGGCUGAGGUCCUGUCCCAGCAGAUCACCUCCCCCGUCUCUGGGAUCAAUGGAGACAUUCGAGCGAAAAAGAUUGCCAGCAUCGCUGAUGUGUGUGAGUCCAUGAAGGAGCAGCUGCUGGUGCUCGUUGAGUGGGCCAAGUACAUCCCUGCCUUCUGCGAGCUCCCUCUGGAUGACCAGGUGGCCCUGCUCAGAGCCCAUGCUGGUGAGCACCUGCUGCUCGGAGCUACCAAGCGAUCCAUGGUGUUCAAGGACGUUCUGCUUCUAGGCAAUGACUACAUCGUCCCUCGGCACUGCCCGGAGCUGGCAGAGAUGAGUCGGGUGUCCAUGCGCAUCCUCGAUGAGCUGGUACUGCCCUUCCAGGAGCUACAGAUCGACGACAAUGAGUACGCCUGCCUCAAAGCCAUCAUCUUCUUUGAUCCAGAUGCCAAGGGGCUGAGCGACCCAGGCAAGAUCAAGCGGCUGCGCUCGCAGGUACAGGUGAGCCUGGAGGACUACAUCAACGACCGUCAGUACGACUCCCGUGGCCGCUUCGGCGAGCUGCUGCUGCUCCUGCCCACCCUGCAGAGCAUCACCUGGCAGAUGAUCGAGCAGAUCCAGUUCAUCAAGCUCUUCGGCAUGGCCAAGAUCGACAACCUGCUGCAGGAGAUGCUGCUGGGAGGUCCGUGCCAGGCCCAGGAGGGGCGGAGAGGGUCCUCCAGUGAUGCACCUCAUGCCCACCACCCCCUGCACCCACAUCUGAUGCAGGAACACAUGGGCACGAACGUCAUUGUUGCCAACACGAUGCCCUCUCACCUCAGCAAUGGACAGAUGUGUGAGUGGCCCCGACCCAGGGCACAGGCAGCCACCCCUGAGACUCCACAGCCCUCACCACCAGGUGGCUCGGGGUCUGAGCCCUACAAGCUCCUGCCAGGAGCGAUCGCCACCAUCGUCAAGCCCCCCUCCGCCAUCCCACAGCCAACCAUCACCAAGCAGGAAGUCAUCUAGCAAGCCGUUGGGGGUCGGGGGCUCUGCCGGCCCCCCAGCCCCCUCAGAGAGCCCCGGUGGUCACUUGUUCACAGUGAAGGAAGCCAUGACAACAAGGCCAGUCUCAGGGCAGCAGUGGAAAGGGCAAGGGGACCAAGAACUUGGGCUCUGGGCCAUAGCCCGUUGCUACCCUCCGCCCCCUGCUCUGGAUGACGGGGCUCUGACUUGGGGAGGCCCCAGCUGGGAAAUCCUCUGCUGCCUUGGACAACUCUUCUCUUGCCGAAGCCACUGCCUUCCCCUUCAUCAUACUUGCCCCCUACUUCUUCAGCCCCAAAGGACAGCUGUCUGGAGACAACACGGGACCUUGCUUCAACAUAGUUCCCUUCCCCUUCAGAUGGAUACUUCUUUCUCCAAGUACUGCCCUAGUACCCAGACACAGAGCCCUUCAAGGCUGGGUCGGAUUGGGGCAUCUGACCUCUCCCUGUUCUGCUACCCCAACCUCCAACCUCUCCACCUGCCACUGUUACCUUCCUCAGCCAUCCUAAUUCCUCCACAGCCACCUCUCCAGAGGCUGAAGGAAACUCGCACGCAAUCCCCCAGUCAUUCCGGGAGCAUUUUAAAAGCUCCAGCUGGGCUAGGCACAGUGUGGGAAACUGGUGAGAAGGGGGACACCCUUC